GGCGGAGGACUCGCGUGCGAGAUUGGAAACAACUGAGGAAAAUACUUCCACUGAGGGUUCUGCCAGCUUCUGGAAGCCAGCUGGCCCUUCCAUCUUCUGCCGCCUUCAGUGUUUUUCUUCAGUGUUUUGUCAUUCCACCCCAGCCCUAAGGAGUCUGAGGCCAGAGAAUCACCACAAGUUUGACAACAGUGAGGCCUAUUUCAAAAAAAAGCACGAUGACUCAGGAAAGCAGUUACGGGAGGUGGACCAUAUCCAGCAGUGAUGAAAGCGAGGAUGAGAAGCCCCCAGGACCUCCAUUGGAGAAGCCAUGCACAUCUUCUCUCCCCCAUGCUCAGCAGGGAGCCAAGAAUGAGCCAAAAUACACCUGCUCCGAGGCUCGGAAAGCUGCGCACAGAAGACAGACCUCACCUGUGAAAUUCAGCAACACAGAAUCGGUUUCACUUCCCAAGAAGCAGAAGAGUGGUUCCCAGGAAGACCUAGGCUGGUGUCUGUCCAGUAGUGAUGAUGAGCUGCAGCCACGACGGCAGGAGCAGCAGCAGCCUCAGGCCAAGAACAUGGUGGUUAAAGAAGAAAAGGACAUCUCCUCUCCCAAACCUGGUGCUGCCCCCAAAGCCCCAGAUCUUGGCCCUCCUGCUAGCCACAGGCUCAGAGAGGAAAAAGAUGAGUAUGAGACAUCAGGGGAAGGCCAGGACAUUUGGGACAUGCUGGAUAAAGGGAAUCCUUUCCAGUUUUACCUCACUAGAGUCUCAGGAAUUAAGGCGAAGUACAACUGCAAAGCCCUGCACAUCAAGGAUAUUUUAUCUCCUCUAUUUGGGACGCUUGUUUCUUCAGCUCAGUUUAACUACUGCUUUGAUGUGGACUGGCUCAUAAGGCAGUAUCCACCCGAGUUCAGGAAGAAACCAAUCCUGCUUGUGCAUGGCGAUAAACGCGAGGCUAAGGCUCACUUGCAUGCCCAGGCAAAGCCUUAUGGAAACGUUUCCCUCUGUCAGAUUUCAGGGAGCAAGUCGCGUAGCUGGAAAGAAAAUGGCUCCAUAGCUGUCAAUUCUCCAGCCUUGCAUGAAGUUGUUUGCCAGCUUGCGUUAAUUUCGCAUUUUGGCAAGAGCUGUGCCCAUGAGCAUGUUUGUUUGGGAAGAAGCGAUGGGUCAUUGUUUUUGCCCCUGCAGACUCAGUUACAUUUGAAAAUGAUGCUCUUGCUGUAUGAAGAAGGCCUCCGCGUCGUCAUUCACACCUCCAACCUCAUCCGAGAGGACUGGCACCAGAAAACCCAAGGGUUUGUAGUGCCUGCGCACUUCAUGCUUCUGAAGGAACAUGUCUCACCUAUACCUAAAGCUGAGUACUGGCCUAUAGUGGGCCAGUUUUCAAGCAUUGGCUCGUUGGGGGCUGAUGAGUCCAAAUGGUUGUGUUCGGAGUUCAAGGAGAGCUUGGUCACACUGGGGGAGCAAAGCAAAAUGCCAGGAAAAACUGUCACUCCCCUUCAUUUGAUCUAUCCUUCUGUGGAAAACGUGCGGACCAGCUUAGAAGGAUACCCUGCCGGGGGCUCUCUUCCUUACAGCAUCCAGACAGCAGAGAAACAAGGCUGGCUGCAUUCCUACUUUCAUAAGUGGUCUGCUGAGACAGCUGGCCGCAGCAAUGCCAUGCCACAUAUCAAGACAUACCUGAGGACUUCGCCGGACUUCAGCAAAAUUGCCUGGUUCCUUGUCACAAGUGCCAAUCUGUCCAAGGCCGCCUGGGGAGCUCUGGAGAAGAACGGCGCCCAGCUGAUGAUUCGCUCCUACGAGCUCGGUGUCCUUUUCCUCCCUGCAGCCUUUGGCCUGGACAGCUUCAAAGUAAAGGAGAAAUUCUUCUCUGGAAGCCGGGAGCCAACGCCUCCCUUUCCUGUACCAUAUGACCUGCCCCCGGAACUGUAUGGGAGUAAAGAUCGGCCAUGGAUCUGGAAUAUUCCUUACGUCAAAGCACCAGACACACACGGGAACAUGUGGGUACCCUCCUGAUGUCCAGCGCUGUGAGGUCAGGCGAUGCUGAGCCCCUCGCCCCGGGCAUAGAAGAACAUCCAGAACACUGCACAUUGUUCUCACUGGAUCUUCACCUCCCCUAAAAGUCCUAUUUGUACCCACAAAACUGUUUGCAAAAGGUCACUCAGGAACAGAGAUGUCGGUUGUGCUUUUAAUGGCUCAUUCUCAACAUUCUCACUGAAAAUAAGUGUUAUUUUCUUAAUUUCUUUUUCUCUGCUUUGGAGAAUAAGCUAUUAAACUGCAUUGAGUUAAGAAAUG